AUGGAAGCUACCAACGGCUACAACCACGAAGACUGGGAUACCUAUUACAAAUGGGAGCCUGAACUUGCAAUUUUCCACCAGAAGGCCCAAGAAGAGCAGAACCACAUGUUCAAUCAAAUUGAACAAAACGAUAUCUUCGCCUCACAAUGCAUUGGAAAGCUCGUCAAUAUCGACUCACUGGAUAGGGUAUACGACAUCCGAAGCGGACUUACUGAUUAUGAUGAAUCCAUGCACUUUCUCAAACAGAUCAAUUUCUACCAAGUCAUGGCUGAGCCGAGAGUCUGGCGCCACCAAACUACGAUUUAUCAACUGUUGGUUGACCUGUGCGGACAACUUGAAGAGUUGGUGUACAUUGUUGAGAGUGCAUUUGAGUUUAGUCCCGAACAUGCUGAGCAGAUGAUUAUAAACAGCUAUGUCAUGUGGCGCUGGCAUCUGUGCAGGGUGGUGAUUGAGGAUAUCAAAAAGCGAGUGGAUGAUGUGAGUAAAGAUUUCGGGCGUUGGGCCAGACAGACUCCUGGAGAAUAUGGGGACAUCUUUCCUCCGAACUCCCUCGACCAGGAAAAUGAAACUGAUGCAUCGGAAGUGUCCGAGGUCCGGGGAUUGACUCGGUUUGGGGCAGUAGCAUUGAACUGA